AUGGUCAAAUUAUCUAUUGGUUCACUCGCUAUUUUCACAUCGUUAUUAACUGCUAGCGCAGUUGCAAAGGACGUUGUCUGUUUGGUAAAUGAGACCCCAGUUGCAACCGUCGAUUUAGACACUGGCGUUUGUCCAUUCAAGCUCCCAUCUGAAUUACUUGCAUUCUUUAAUUUCAAUGCAACUGAUGAUUACAACAUCCAAUUCUAUUAUGCCAUUGCAAACAGCGCAAGAUUUUUUACAGAUAUCGAAAACUCAGGUACUCAAAUUGAUAUUCCUGCUAACUUGAUUUACGGUACCGAUGGUGCUCCAGUCUAUCAAGUUCACGUUCAAGAUAGCCCUUCAUCGAACUCUACUGAAGCUAUCAGAAAGAGAAUGAUGAACAAAGUUGAUAUCAUUAAGAGAGAUGAAGCGUCCGACUUUGCUGAAUCGUUAAAGGGAACUGAUGGUACUUUGGUCAAUUCUGCUCUUUUUAAAGUUGUUGAUGUCGAAAGUGGAUCAUCUUCGUCUGCUGUUUCAACCAGCGUUCCUAUUUCUUCAGGUGUCGAAACUGUUCCUCCUGUAACCGAAACAUUUGAAUCCACCAAGAUUAUUACUGUUACCCACUGUUCUGACAACAAGUGUUCUGCAACUACCGUUCCAGCUACCCCAACCGUUACCACAUGUACUACUGACGGUACUGUCACUACUUUCACGACGUACUGUCCUAUUACUACUGAGACAAAUACGCACACUGAUGUUGUUACUGUCACACACUGCUCUGACAACAAAUGUUCUGAAACUACUGUUCCAGCUACACCAACCUUAACUACUGAAACUAUUGGUGGUAGUGUCACUGUAUACACUACUUACUGCCCAAUAAGUGAGAUUUCAGGUACGGAAACUCCUGCUCCAGGUACCACUGUUGCAG